CUCAUUGCCAGAGAACGGGCGUCGGGAGGUUCUCAAACAAGAUCCCACUUCUUAGGGCGGUAACGGCGUGCACGGGUUGGGGUGGGGCGGUGAGAGAAGCGGAGCCGCUGUAAACCAUGCUGCUGAGCUACGGGUCCGUCUGUGGAGAGGCCCAACUUCGCGAGACGGCGCGGUGCGAGCCUGUGCUGGGAAGCGCGUUGGAGGUGCUACGGGCCGAAAACUACAUUUCCCGGCAUCCUCUUGGCGCCAGAACUACGUUGCCCGAAAGGCUGAGCGGGAUUCGCCCCGUCUUCUCACCCGGCUGCCUCCGGCUGGAAAACCCGUGAAAUGUGGGGCCGCUGGGUUCGGCCGCUCCUGCGUUCUGAGGUUUUGAGCCCCUGUGGGCGUUUUUCGCCGGCCCUGCGGAGAGACUUCUUCACCACCACAACCAAGGAAGGAUAUGAUAUGAGGCGAGUGGACAUAACUCCUUUAGAACAAAGGAAAUUAACUUUUGAUACACAUGCAUUGGUUCUGGACUUGGAAGCUCAUGGAUUUGACAAAGCACAAGCAGAAACCAUUGUAUCAGCAUUAACCACUUUAUCAAAUGUCAGCCUCGAUACUAUCUAUAAGGAGAUGGUCACUCAAGCUCAGCAGGAAAUAACAGUACAACAGCUCAUGGCUCAUUUGGACUCCAUCAGGAAAGAUAUGGUCAUCCUAGAGAAAAGUGAAUUUGCAAAUCUGCGAGCAGAGAACCAGAAAAUGAAAAUUGAAUUAGAACAAGUUAAACAGCAACUGAUAAAUGAAACUAGUCGAAUCAGAGCAGAUAACAAACUGGAUAUCAACCUAGAAAGGAGCAGAGUAACAGAUAUGUUUACAGAUCAAGAAAAGAAACUUAUGGAAGCAACCACAGAAUUUACCAGAAAUGAUACCAAAACCAGAGGUAUUAUUUCAGAGACUGGUAACAAAAUUGACACUGAAAUUGCUUCUUUAAAAACCCUGAUGGAAUCCAACAAGCUUGAGACAAUUCGUUAUCUUGCAGCCUCAGUGUUUACUUGCCUGGCAAUAGCAUUGGGAUUCUAUCGACUCUGGAAAUAACAGUGGAGCUGCUGAAGCUGUGCAUGCUCCUACUCCUGCUGCUUUGACUCUUGGAACACUGCCUGGAUGGAUUUACUCUGAACAUUUAAAGUUACAGUAGGAACCAAAUACACGAUUAUUUAAAGUACAUAUGGACUAAAAGGAAAUACUUUAGAAUGGAAAGGUGUAUUUUGUCUUUGUUUUUCAUGUAUGUCUUUAUUAUGUUGAAAGAGGCCAUUCCGGACUUGAUUGAUUUGUGAUAGGGCUUUUGUCUUUAUGCUUUUGAUAGCUCAUAGAAACUGAACUAGUUUUUUCGUAUGUUUACUUGAACUGUACAUCAUACAGGGUUUCUUUCAUAUCUGUUGCAGAUCUGAAAACUAUUCCCAA